GAGCGCCUGGGGUGCGGGCUGUGGCCACCCGCGCGCGGCAGAGGGAGCCCGGGCGUCUGUGCUGCAUUCGCAGCCUGGCUGAAGUUCCAGCCGCUCCGGCCGCGCCUCACCUCGGCUGCGAUGCGCCGGCUGCUGGCCGCCGGGAAAGAGCCCAUUUUGCUUUCUUAGAGCAGGCGACGAGCGGUGAGCCGCCUGAGGAAUUUGGCAAGGGGACGAGGCGCCAGAGGCAGCUGGGUGCCAGCAGCUAAGUUGUGAGGUCGCCCUGGUGGCCCCCGGGGGAGCAGGGGGACGAGACAGGAGCGGGCGGCUGCGGAUCAGAGGGCGUCGGGCAGCAGCCUGUGUCCUGCCCCUGCUGCCUGUGGCUGAAUAAAGGAAGGAAGCCGGAGACACAAUUGCCGGCGAGCGGCGUUCCUGAAAGGAGAGCGCAGACACCCUGGAAGGAGGACGACCCCGCCUGUGCAAGGCUUUCGGCAAAGGAGAGUCCCUCAGACACGAAUGAAGCUACAUGGAAAUGAGAGGAAUCCGUGAAGCUCCUCCCUCAGGAGAAUGUCUUUCAUGACCAGAGUUCUGCAUCUGGAUUUCGGGGGACGCUGCCAGCGGCAGAGCCAUGUCUGCUCUCCCUGUCCCCUUCAGUGACUCGGAGAUCAUCUGAACAGGAUGCUGGCCUUCCACACACAGAGUUUCAUCCUGAUGCCCUGCUUACUUCUCUGGGGCAGAAAAGCUAAUUGCUCUCCAUGGUGGCUCAUCUUUUCAAGAGCUUAAUUUUACCUUACAUACAUAAGCUUUGCAAAGGAAUGUUUACAAAGAAAUUGGGAAAUACAACCAAAAAAAAGGAGAAUCGUCAGCAGAAAAAACAAGACCUUCCUACUGCUGGCCAGACCAAAACUCCCACUUUUUCUUAUACUUUGAAAAGCACUGUAAAGAGGAUUGCAAAGUGUUCUUCCGCUCGCAACUUACCUGCAGAAGAAGGCGAGGCAAACAAAGACUUUUCCCUCUCACCGACAUUCAGUUACCGCGUGGCAAUUGCCAACGGUCUGCGGAAGAACAUUCCUGUGACUGGUAGUGACCAUGACGAUCCGCCUCCGGAGCUGUCCUCUGUUGAGAGUUCUUACUCCGAAUCUUUAAAUGAGCUGAGGAGCAGCGCGGAGGACCAUUCCCGUCCCGUGUGCACCAUGCCAGUGGGGCGCAGCAGGAAGAGCUCCAGCAGCCUAGCUCCCUCGGAGGGCAGCUCUGAUGGGGAGCGGACGCUGCACAGCCUGAAGCUGGGGGCUCUAAAGAAGCUUCGGAAAUGGAAAAAGAGCCAGGAGUGUGUCUCCUCAGACCCAGAGCUGAGCACUGUGAAGAGAACCUGGGGGAUAAGGAGCAAGUCUUUGGACAGGACUGCUCGCCGCCCCAAGGCCCCAGCCCUCGAGCCAGGCUUCAGCUCCUCCGGGUGCCUCAGCCACACCCACGAUGUCAUGGAGAUGAUCUUCAAGGAGCUGCAAGGGAUCAGCCAGAUAGAGACAGAGCUGUCUGAGCUUCGGGGCCACGUGGAUGCCCUGAGGCUCUCCAUCGAUGAGAUCUCCAGCAGCGUGGAGGUGGUGCAGAGCGAAAUCGAGCAGCUGCGGACAGGUUUCGUGCAGUCCCGGAGAGAGACCAGAGACAUCCACGACUACAUCCGAUGCCUGGGCCACACGGGCAGCAAGGCAAGCCUGAGGUUCUUAAACGUGCCCGAGGAGAGAUUUGAAUACAUCGAUAAUGUGGUGUACCAGAUUCUAACAGACAAAAUGGGCUUCUCAGAUGCACCAAACGCUGCAAAAAUCGAAUUUGCUCAGAGAGUGGGACACCAAAGGGACUGUCCAAAUGCUAAACCUCGACCCAUACUUGUGUACUUUGAAACCCCUCAGCAGAGGGAUUCUGUCUUAAAAAAAUCAUACAAACUCAAAGGAACGGGCAUUGGAGUCUCAACAGAUAUUCUGACAUAUGAUAUAAAGGAGAGGAAAGAGAAAGGGAUCCCAUCCUCCCAGACCUAUGAAAGCAUGGACAUGAAGCUGUCUAUUCUGGAGCCCAAAGUGCGGAAGAACGGUUGGCGCUCACCUGGUGACAGUGAUAGGGAGCUGGAAUCUGACUUCAACAGGGAGAGUUAUGCUGUGCUUUCCAAGCCAGAGCUUCCAACCAAGGGGAGCACUUCCAAGUCGAGCUCGAAAUCACACAGCGCUAGAUCUAAGAAUAAAACUGUGAGUAGCAGCAGAAUUUCAAACAAACCAGAUCAUGAUAAAAUGUCUUCACAAUUGCCAGAAUCAAAUAACUUGGAACAGCAGACUGUAGCCCAAUACGCAAGCACCACGCCCCUCUGGCAUUCGCAGAGUGAUUUUUUCACCACUAAACUCAGUCGCUCUGAAUCAGAUUUUUCCAAAUUAUGUCAGUCUUACUCUGAAGAUUUCUCAGAAAAUCAGCUUUUUGCCAGAACUAAUGGGAGCUCCCUUCUGUCCUCCUCAGACAGGGAACUGUGGCAGAGGAAACAAGAGGGCACUCCUGCUUUGUACGACAGCCCUCGAGACCAGCACCUGGGCGGGAGUGCCCCAGGUGUCCAAGUGCACGGGGAGCUUCAGAACACAGACACUGCAGACAGCGGGAUGAGUAACAGCAUGGUAUGCGCAUCCGCAGACCGGAGUCACUACAGUGACUCGCAGCUCUCUUUGCACGAGGACCUCUCUCCGUGGAAGGAGUGGGAUCAGGUAGAACAAGGAACUGAUUUAGGCCAGGAUUCAUCCACUCAGGAAGCUUUUGACUAUGACACAAACAGUCUGUCUGACCAACAGAUGGACGUCUUUAGCAAAGACCUAGAAGACUUAGGAAAGUGCCACAGUGACCUCCAAGAUGACUCUGAAAGCUAUGAUUUAACCCAAGAUGACAACUCAUCCCCAUUCCCUGGAUUAGAUAAUGAACCCCGAGGCCAGUGGGUUGGCCAGUAUGAUUCUUAUCAAGAAGCUAAUUCCAAUGAACUGUACCAAAACCAAAGCCAGUUGUCCAUGAUGUACCGAAGUCACAGUGAAUUGCAAAGUGAUGAUUCAGAGGAUGCCCCACCCAAAUCUUGGCAUAGCCGAUUAAGCAUUGAUCUUUCUGACAAGACUUUCAGCUUCCCAAAAUUUGGAUCUACACUGCAGAGGGCAAAAUCGGCCUUGGAGGUCGUAUGGAACAAAAGCACGCAGAGCCUCAGUGGGUGCGAGGACAGUGGCUCCUCCCUCGUGGGGAGAUUUCGCACACUCUCUCAAUCCACUGCAAAUGAGUCAAGCACCACCCUUGACUCAGAUGUGUACACAGAGCCCUAUUAUUAUAAAGCGGAGGAUGAGGAGGACUACAGCGAGCCUGCGGUGGACAACGAAACCGAUUAUGUUGAAGUGAUGGAGCAAGUCCUCGCCAAGCUAGAAAACAGGACUAGUGUGACUGAGACAGAUGAACCCAUGCAGGAGUAUGAGCCCCCCUUGUAUGAGACACCGUAUGAAACCCCACAAGAUGAAGGCUAUGAAGGGCAGGGAGAAGAUGCAGCCAGUGACGGGGACCUGGAACCCGAAACUGAGCCAGCAGCUGCAAUGCAAGUACAAGAAGAUGAAAACCAGAACAUCACCGAACAGCCAGUGGAAAUCACAAAGCCAAAGAGAAUCCGUCCCUCUUUCAAAGAAGCAGCGCUGAGGGCCUAUAAGAAGCAAAUGGCAGAACUGGAAGAGAAGAUCCUGGCUGGAGAUAGCAGUUCUGUGGACGAAAAGGCUCGGAUAGUAAGCGGCAAUGGGUCGAAGGCACCCGGACUGUCUGCGCUCCAGGCAUUUGGGGGGGCUGGGUGGGGACUGUACGGCAUCGACAGCAUGCCUGACCUCCGCAGGAAGAAAACGUUGCCGAUUGUUCGUGAUGUGGCCAUGACCCUGGCUGCGCGGAAGUCCGGCCUCUCCCUUGCUAUGGUCAUCAGGACUUCACUAAACAACGAGGAGCUGAAGAUGCACGUCUUCAAGAAGACCCUGCAGGCGCUGAUCUACCCCAUGUCCUACACCACACCGCAUGCCUUCGAGGUGUGGACGGCCACCACGCCCACCUACUGCUACGAGUGCGAGGGGCUGCUGUGGGGCAUCGCGCGCCAGGGCAUGCGCUGCUCCGAGUGCGGCGUCAAGUGCCACGAGAAGUGCCAGGACCUGCUCAACGCCGACUGCCUGCAGCGAGCAGCAGAAAAGAGCUCUAAGCACGGCGCCGAGGACAAGACGCAGACCAUUAUCACAGCCAUGAAAGAAAGAAUGAAGGUCAGGGAGAAAAACAGGCCAGAGGUGUUUGAAGUAAUUCAGGAAAUGUUUCAGAUUCCUAAAGAAGAUUUUGUGCAGUACACAAAAGCAGCCAAGCAGAGCGUAUUGGAUGGGACAUCUAAGUGGUCUGCAAAAAUAACCAUUACAGUGGUGUCCGCACAAGGUUUGCAAGCCAAGGACAAGACAGGGUCAAGCGACCCCUACGUGACCGUCCAGGUUGGAAGAAACAAAAGAAGGACAAAAACCAUUUUUGGAAACUUGAAUCCAGUGUGGGAUGAGAAGUUUUAUUUCGAGUGCCAUAACUCCACGGACCGGAUCAAAGUCAGAGUGUGGGAUGAAGAUGACGACAUCAAGUCCAGAGUGAAGCAGCACUUCAAGAAGGAGUCCGAUGACUUCCUGGGACAAACGAUUGUAGAAGUGAGGACCCUCAGUGGAGAGAUGGAUGUCUGGUACAACCUAGAGAAACGGACAGAUAAAUCAGCUGUAUCUGGGGCCAUUCGACUGAAAAUCAAUGUGGAAAUAAAAGGAGAGGAGAAGGUUGCUCCAUACCAUAUACAAUAUACAUGUUUACAUGAGAAUCUCUUCCAUUACUUGACGGAAGUGAAAUCUAAUGGUGGCGUGAAAAUCCCAGAGGUCAAAGGAGAUGAAGCCUGGAAAGUCUUCUUUGAUGAUGCUUCCCAGGAAAUAGUCGAUGAGUUUGCCAUGCGGUACGGGAUCGAAUCCAUUUAUCAAGCCAUGACGCACUUUUCAUGCCUGUCCUCCAAGUACAUGUGCGCCGGCGUGCCUGCCGUUAUGAGCACCUUGCUGGCCAACAUAAACGCCUUCUACGCACACACGACUGUGUCCACAAAUGUGCAAGUGUCCGCUUCUGAUCGAUUUGCCGCAACCAACUUUGGUAGGGAAAAAUUCAUAAAGCUACUGGACCAGUUGCAUAACUCUCUAAGGAUUGACCUGUCAAAGUAUCGGGAAAAUUUCCCAGCCAGCAACAGCGAGAGGCUGCAGGACCUGAAGUCCACAGUGGACCUGCUCACCAGCAUCGCCUUCUUCAGGAUGAAGGUCCUGGAGCUGCAGAGCCCGCCGCGGGCCAGCACAGUGGUGAAGGACUGCGUCCGUGCCUGCCUGGACUCCACUUACAAGUACAUUUUUGACAACUGCCACGAACUCUAUUUCCAGCUCAUAGACCCGAGUAAGAAACAGGAUGUCCCUCGGGAAGAUCAGGGACCGACCACCAAGAACUUGGACUUCUGGCCCCAGCUUAUUACACUGAUGGUGACGAUUAUUGAUGAAGAUAAAACUGCCUACACACCUGUCCUGAAUCAGUUUCCUCAAGAACUCAACAUGGGGAAGAUAAGUGCUGAAAUUAUGUGGACUCUCUUCGCUCUCGAUAUGAAAUACGCAUUAGAAGAGCAUGAGAAGCAGCGGUUAUGCAAGAGCACUGAUUACAUGAAUCUGCAUUUCAAAGUGAAGUGGUUUUAUAACGAGUACGUGCGCGAGCUUCCUGCCUUCAAGGGUGCCGUUCCCGAGUACUCCCUGUGGUUUGAACCCUUCGUCAUGCAGUGGCUGGAUGAGAAUGAAGAUGUCUCCAUGGAGUUCCUCCACGGAGCCCUGGGAAGAGACAAGAAAGACGGGUUCCAGCAGACGUCUGACCACGCGCUCUUCUCCUGCUCCGUGGUUGACGUCUUUGCUCAGCUGAACCAGAGCUUUGAGAUUAUUAAGAAGCUGGAAUGCCCUAACCCUGAAGCACUGUCUCACCUGAUGAGAAGAUUCGCAAAGACCAUCAAUAAGGUGCUGGUCCAGUAUGCUGCGAUCGUGUCCAGCGACUUCAGUUCGUAUUGUGGUAAGGAAAACGUGCCUUGCAUCUUGAUGAAUAACAUUCAACAGUUGCGCGUCCAGCUGGAAAAAAUGUUCGAGUCCAUGGGAGGCAAAGAGCUAGAUCCCGAAGCCAGCACUGUCCUGAAAGAGCUUCAGGUUAAACUCAGCGGGGUACUGGACGGGCUCAGCGUCACCUACGGCGAAAGCUUUCAGCUUGUAAUUGAAGAGUGUAUAAAACAGAUGAGCUCUGAACUGCACCAAAUGAGAUCAGACGGCAGCACCACAUCCAACAAGAACAGCGCAGUGCUGGACGCAGAGAUCGUGUUAAGGCCUCUCAUGGACUUCUUGGACAAGACACUAAGUCUCUCAGCCAAAGUCUGUGAGAAGACCGUGCUGAAACGAGUUCUGAAAGAGCUGUGGAAGCUGGUGCUCAACAAAAUCGAAAAGCAGAUUGUCCUCCCUCCUCUGACAGAUCAAACAGGCCCUCAGAUGAUUUUCAUCACAGCGAAAGACCUUGGACAGUUAUCCAAACUGAAGGAGCACAUGACUCGUGAGGACGCCCGGGGCCUGACGCCCAGGCAGUGCGCCAUCAUGGAGGAAGUGCUGGCCACCGUCAAGCAAUACUUCCACGCAGGAGGAAAUGGCCUGAAGAAGAAUUUCUUGGAGAAGAGCCCGGAUCUUCAGUCUCUGAGAUACGCUCUCAGUCUCUACACCCAGACCACGGAUGCCUUGGUGAAGAAAUUCAUAGACACGCAGACUUCGCAGAGCCACUCAUCCAAGGACGCCGUGGGCCAGAUCUCUGUGCACGUGGACAUCACAGCCACUCCGGGCACUGGCGAGCACAAGGUCACCGUGAAAGUGAUUGCCAUAAAUGACCUGCACUGGCAGACCACAGCGAUGUUCCGGCCCUUUGUGGAAGUCUGCAUGCUGGGACCCAACCUUGGAGACAAGAAGAGGAAGCAAGGCACAAAGACCAAGAGCAACACGUGGUCGCCCAAGUACAAUGAGACGUUUCAGUUCACGCUGAGCAAGGAGAGCCGGCCGGCGGCCUGCGAGCUGCACCUGGCGGUGAAGGACUACUGCUUCGCCCGCGAGGACCGCGUAGUCGGCAUGACCGUGAUCCGGCUGCAGCACAUCGCGGAGAAGGGGAGCCACGGCGCGUGGUACCCGCUUCUGAAAAGCGUCUCUGUGGACGAAACGGGCCUGACUAUCCUCAGGAUACUCUCCCAGAGGACUGGCGAUGACGUGGCGAAGGAAUUUGUGAGACUGAAAUCCGAAACGAGAGUUGCUGACGAGAGCGCUUGAAGCCAGGCCGCAGGCGUCCCUCGGGAGCGCUCCCGCGGCCGCUGCAUGCCUCUGCACGCCUGGAAUGCCGUCGCGGCGCGCCCGUGUUGCUGGUGCCCAGCGCCAGUGCCAAGGGUGUGCGGGGCCUGCCCGACUUUUACACCGUAUCUCUGGUCUUUGGGAAAGAAAUGCUCCAUGAAGUGCCAAAAUUACGCUGUGAAGUGAAAUAUCAAGAUACCUUUAAAACUUUCUUUCACCUCCCCGCUUCCUCACCCACAAAACCAGCUGCAGCACAGUCUGAGUUCGCCCGGUGGUCGCCCCUGUGAAACCAGUUUGUGCCACCCCUCCCUGGAAGCACUGCUACUCGGACUCUGAUUUCUUUCGCCAUACUUCACCGUACACAUCUCACCCAUACCCUUUUCUACCAUAACGGAGAUGCAGGGACUUCUAGAGUGUUUGUAAUUUUAUAGACCCAGAUAUAUUGUGAUGAUUUUUGCAUACAAGUUAAAAUAGAAAAGGUGGGAAAUGUUUUAUGUUGACCAAUUUCCAACCUUUCUGAAAUAUCACUGUGAAGCAAUUCUAUCAAAGCAAAUUUACAAGCAGCAGUCCCAAAUAGUUUGUUAACAUUUGAUAUACCAACGAAAAUACGUCCUUUGAAACUGCCAGGGUCACGUCAUAUUCUUGGCACAGGUGAGCUGAUGCAGCUGCUGAGCAGCACGGGGCAUCAGCUCACGGAUCCCCUUCCUUGGGAAGUCGGAGAUGAAUGGCUUGGAAACGGAAAAUCUGGUUCUUUAGGUUACCUGGGAUAAGCAACUAUAUCAUUAGUAUUCUCCCUCUGACAGUUAUGACUAGCUCCUUAUUUGCUUAACUCUAUAAUCAGUUAAGUGUUUCUUUUUAAAAAAUAUUCAACAAUUUAUACUGAAUGCAACAUUAGUCUAUACCACGCUGAAGUCGAGUGAUGGCUUCUUCUAUCUUGUGAAAAAUGUAAGCUCCAGGAGAAAUGGCUUACAAUUUUGUAAUUUGUGUUAUUUAUACACCCCAAAAGCAUCAGAUACAAUAGAAAAAACACAUAGCUUGGUGCACAAAAAUACACCUAGGCUGCUCUUUGAUUCUGAAAUAGUUAUGUGUUACAUUUUCUGGAUUUUUUGAUUUGGCUCUUUGGAGUCUGUAUGUGAACACUGGCUAUAGCCCAUGCUCUGGAAUUGCUAACCUGUGGUCAUAACUGUUAGUGGAAACAAACCCCACUGCACUGAGUGUGUUUUGUGGAUAGACAAGGAAGCAAUCGCAUCCUCUCUGUCAGAACCAUCCUGAAAGUGAGUGAAGCACACAGACCGGUGGGGCUGGCUAAUUCGUGUUCCAUUCUUAGGCAACCGCUUCGUUUCUGACUUUUCCAAGUUUGUGUAUGAUGCGACCCCCUGGCACAAGCAUUAAUAAAGGCUGUGACUGAGCACACACA